AUGGCUGCCCUCCUUCAACACUGGUGGUCUCACCCCAGUGACAUCCAUGAAGCAGACAGUCAAUGGUGCGCGAUUUUUUCGACCUUCGAUCUCCACAUGGCGCGCUACAAUUGCCUGGAUUCCGAAAUUUGGCAUCAGACGCGUCAUCUGGAAUUCUGGCGUAAAGACGUGUGGCUUCUACCCAUCCAUCAAUCAUGCCCAACUGGCCAUUGGGUACUGGCCGUGAUCCUAGUGUCCACAGGGAACAUUUUACUGUUUGACAGUCUUGCCGACAUGGCCCCGUGGAAAUGGGAGAUAGGUGAAAUUAUGCUCUUGAUCACAUGUUUGGUUCUCGCAUCCAACCGUGAGGGACAUCCCCUGCACAUCAUCACUGAAGAAGGGUAG